AGGAAUGAUUUUAGGGGCAGUAAUACUGAUUAUAUUGAUAGUUGUGUGUUGCAUCAUACCCCUUGUUCGGGGACUGGUCUCAAGACUUGUUGUAAGUGUAACUGGUCAGUUCCCAGUUGUAGAGAUACAAUUGGACCAAGAGAUAUAAAACAUAACCAUGAUCACCUUCCACCCUCACCAGGUACGUGCAUUUCUUUAAUAACAACAGUGUAUAUAUAUAAAUAUUUUGCAUAACAAUGACUUAUAUACUUACUCACGUAGAUAUAGCAACUUGCAUGCUGAAUAAUCCAUAGAUAUAAGAGAUAAUAUGCCUUCAGAUGAUGCCUAAAUUUGCCAUACUAUGUCCCCACAGGUAGAUUAUUGAACAUGGCAGAGGCUAGUUAUGAUGAAUAUGAAGAAAACCAAAUGAAUUUACGAGCUGCACUGGCGUCGUUAGGCCCAUCACUAGGGGUAGGAUGCCCAUAUCUUCCUCCCAGGCACCUACUAGAUCCUGCAGAGGGGCCAAGCAGUGCACCUUCGGGUUGGAGCAAACCUAUGAUGACACCCAGCAGGCAGCCUGAUGAUCAACCACCAUUACCUACUGGGAAGCCACUGUCCAUCUCGUCAUCACCGGGGAACCUCAGUAUCGAUUUCGGCCCAACCAGCACCCCUGCCAGUCCUGAGAAUUCCGAGGAUCGACGACCACCGUCACCCCACCAAUAUAAUUAUCCGCCACCACCCAUUCCAGGCGUACUGGCUAUGUUCAUGGUCAUAGCAGAUGACAUAAAGCUUGAUCUUGCCGAAGCUCAUCAUGUUGCAAAGUUCUUGGCUCAUCCGCUGGAGUCCUAUGAUACCAACGCUGACCUUAAGCCUGAAAUCACCUCUAUGACCACAGCAGUUUAUGCCCAAUUCAUGAAGGGUCUGGCGCACCCCGAGCCACGUCGGUCCUUUGAACGGAUGCGCCGCACCCUGUACAAACGCAAAGUAAAGGCUGGGAAUCGGCAGCUGACCCGAGACAAUCUGGAACUGAGGCAGCAACUUCGGGAUGCACAGCAGACCAUUAUCAACCUACAAGAGCAGGUGGUGCAACUUCGAGAUGCACAGCAGACCAUUAUCGACCUACAAGAGCAGGUGAUGCAGCUGACCGCUGAUCUGCAGCAUAUGGCUCCCUAUACCCAGGGGGGCCCGAACGGAGGGCAGAAUUAUGGACAGAAUUAUGGAGGCUAUUAUUAUUAUUAAUAUAUCAACUUCAACGCCAUAACUGGAUAUAAGGACAAUGCUGAUUAUUGAUGAUUAUGCAUACCUUUGUUAAACAUAUUGGUAGGAUUGUAUACUUUAUGUGACAGUACAAUUACUGUGCAGGAGAGUGCCACAUGGUUACUCCUAUGUUGGUUGUAAUGACGGUCCUUUGACCACUAGAAGAUGUGUUUGCCUGGCAUAGUCCGGGCCUGAUGAAGCUUUUUGUUUGUGUUUGUGUAUGUAUGGGUGUGAAAUACCACCAAUGUAGGGGAUAAAUGCAGUGACCUCGUAACACAAGAUGCUGCUUGGGCAUUGGUAUUUGCCUCUGCUGAGAAAACAGAAUUAGAAAAUCUUGCUACAAAAAAAGUAAGCAACGAGGACGGGUCCUCUUAAGGGAGCCAAGAGGGGGAUCCCUCUUUGUUUUUGUAUAUUCUGUUUUCUGCAUUUUAUUAGUUUAAUAUUUACUCAGACACCACCACAUCUUAUAUUACUCACUUCUACUAUAUGGUGUGUGUUUAAUCUCACGUUUGGUUUAGUGUGCACAAUAUAUAUAUAUAAACUUUUGUCACUUGGGUGAGUUCACAUUUAAGGUGUUUUAGAUUAGUUAUCACCUGCAUAAUCACGUAAUUGAUCCUUUUAGGAUCAAAGGGGGGAAUGUUGUGUAUUAAUCUGCACUAAUCAUAAGAUAAAAUAAAGUUAAUGUUUUAUAAGUUUAAAGUUGU